AUGCCACCUCCACCACAAGUCUAUGGCCAACAACAACAACCAUCGAACUGGGAGAAGUUCAAGAUGGGUUUGAUGAUGGGUACCACCGUCGGAGUCUGUACUGGUAUUCUUUUCGGUGGUUUUGCAAUCAUUACACAAGGCCCUGGGCCUAACGGGGUCGUUAGAACUCUUGGUCAAUAUAUCGCUGGUUCUGCCGCCACAUUCGGUCUUUUCAUGAGUAUUGGUUCUAUCAUCAGAAGUGACGGCAGUGCUGAUAAUGGCUUCAACGAUUCAUUCUAUCACAACAAGAUGACUGAAUUACAGCAAAAGUCGAGGUUUGAAGUGUGGAAGGUCAAACAGGCCUACGGAAUCUACAGAAAUUGA